UAGUUAGCAGAAUUGCUUCUGAUAAGCUUAAAUGUAUCCCAGAAAAUAUAGGUAAAUAUAAAGCUAUGGAUGUUGGACAAUUUCGUUUUCUGGAUAGUUUCCAACAUAUGGCAAUGGGUCUUGAUAAGCUAGUUACAUGGUUUAGGAGAAAUGCUAGAAAAAUCUCCUCCUCUAACAGUAAAGCAUUUUACUAA